CCAAAAUCUGUUCGCUUUCUCUGGAGAAAAGGCUACACGAAAUCCCAAGCGACGGAAAAAACCGUCGUCCGUCCAUUUUCCGUCGGUCCAUCUUUUGAAUCUCAUGCAAAGCAAGUUUUGUUCCGUUAAAAGCCUCUGAGUCUACACUUUCCUUAAAUAUCUUUUGGUUUCUUCCGUACAGCAAUGGAGUUUCCAGUUAAGGAGGAAAUCUUUCAAGCGACCGGCCGACGGGAGACAAGGAAGAGUGAUGGCGCCGCUGUUGCAAAAGCUAUUCACUCAGUCAUCGACUUGAGUAGCAGCAGCAGUAGCGAUGAUUCGGAUUCCGGGGAUGAUUUGGACGAUUUGGUUGGUGGUGUUUUUGCUUUCCAAGGGGAUGGUCGGGUUGCGAAGAAAAGGAAGCUUGGGGAGGUUGAGGAGGAGGUUGUGUUGCCUUUGGGAUUCCUAGCGUCUCUCCCGCCCGAGGAUCCCCUUCCGAUUUCAGAAGAGGUGGCGGAGGUUCCAGCAGCGGUUAAUAUGAGUCUGGGCGUCCGUGAGCAGAGCUGCAGGCAGUUUUGGAAGGCUGGGGACUAUGAGGGGGCUUCUUCUGCUGAUUUGGAAGUGUAUUCAGUUGGCAUGGACCAUGUCAGGGUUCAUCCAAAAUUUCUUCAUUCUAAUGCGACAAGUCAUAAGUGGGCACUUGGAGCUUUUGCUGAACUACUGGACAACUCCUUGGAUGAGGUCUGCAAUGGAGCUACAUAUGUCAAUAUGGACAUGCUUAGAAGUGACAAAGUAGGGGGCAAAAUGUUGCUGAUUGAAGAUGAUGGUGGAGGGAUGGAUCCUGAUAAAAUGCGUCAGUGCAUGUCUCUUGGAUACUCUGCAAAAAGCAAAGUAGCAAACACCAUUGGACAAUAUGGAAAUGGAUUCAAGACAAGCACAAUGAGGCUUGGGGCAGAUGUUAUUGUAUUCUCACGUUGCUGUGGAAUAGAUGGAAAGAGCUCUACACAGAGUAUUGGUCUGCUAUCUUACACUUUCUUGAGGAGCACAGGAAAGGAAGAUAUUAUAGUGCCUAUGCUUGACUAUGAAAGACGGCAACAAGAAUGGAGCAAAAUUGUACGAUCUUCUCUCAGUGACUGGGACAGAAACAUGGAAACAAUUGUACAAUGGUCUCCAUUCUCCAGUGAAAGAGACCUCCUUUGCCAGUUUGAUCUGAUAAAAGAUCACGGUACACGAAUAAUUAUAUACAAUCUAUGGGAGGAUGAUGAAGGACUCUCUGAACUUGAUUUUGAUGCUGAUCCACAUGACAUCCAACUUCGAGGUGUGAACCGUGAUGAGAAGAAAAUUAAAAUGGCAAAAGAGUUCCCCAACUCUCGGCACUUUCUAACAUAUAGACAUUCUUUGAGGAGCUAUGCAUCUAUACUUUAUUUGAGACUCCCUUCAAACUUCCGAAUCAUUCUUCGAGGGAAAGAUGUGGAGCACCACAACAUAGUUAAUGAUAUGAUGCUGGCAGAGAGGGUCACAUAUCGGCCACAGGACAGUGCUGAUGGGGUCCCUAAGGAUUCAAAUAUGGCUGCUGUCGUAACCAUUGGUUUUGUAAAAGACGCCAAAUUUCACAUUGACGUUCAAGGUUUCAAUGUUUAUCACAAAAAUCGACUUAUCAAGCCAUUUUGGAGGGUCUGGAAUGCCGCUGGGAGUGGUGGACGUGGAAUUAUAGGUGUCCUGGAAGCUAAUUUUGUUGAACCAGCUCAUGAUAAGCAGGGGUUUGAGCGUACAAAAGUUCUUUCAAGACUUGAAGCUCGGUUGAUACAAAUGCAGAAGACUUACUGGAACAAAAAACGCCAUAAAAUUGGCUAUGCCUCAAAUCACAAUGCUAAACAAAAAAAUCAGUCUUCAGACAGAGAAUGUUCUUUGGAGAAUGAUCCACAAAGAUCUUUCCAGUCUAAAGACCAGGGUUCUCCUUGCAGCAUGAGAAAUUCUUCUCAAUCUGUAGGCAAGGUUUAUACUGGAAGCAGGUUACGAUCUGAAGGACAACCUGAAACAGUAACCGCUAAAUGUGGGGGUGGAUUUGCAUUGAACAAAGCUGAUGCUCAGACAAAAACCUUAAUUAGGUCUGGAAAAGCAGCAAAUUCUUUUGAAACAUUGUCACCUUUGGUGAAAAAUGUUAGCAAAGAAGUAUAUAUUGCUUUACCUGCACGAGAAGCUAAUGGCAGUAGUCAAAAGACUUCUACUAAGAAAAGUAACAAACAGUGUGCAGUAUAUGGUAGUGAACACCAGCAAAAUUUUAAGAAAAGUGGAAGGACUGUUCAACCGGUAAUAGUAUCUCAGUCAAAGGAAGGUAAUCUUAAUGGUUUUGAGCAUCCUCUUUCAAAAACUGAUUCAGGUACUUUGGAGCAGUUGAAACAAGAGAAUCGUGAAUUAAGAGACAGGUGUAGAUCUCUUGAAAGUGAGCUCAAAGCAGCAGAUGAUAAGGUUGAAGAACUGAACCAGGAACAGGAAAGCCUCAUUGAAAUAUUUUCAGAGGAGAGGGAUAGAAGGAAUAAGGAGGAGGAGAACUUGAGGAAGAAGCUAAAGGAAGCAUCUAACACCAUCCAAGAGUUGCUUGAAAAAAUUAAGACACUGGAGAAGUGGAAGUCUCUAAAUGGCAAACCGCUAUGUUAGGAGUUGCUUGAAAAAAUUAACACCACCAAUUAUAUCGACAUCUAUUUUGUUUUGUACUGGUAUCGGUGCCAGACUGCUGCCAGUUUUUGGAUCAGAAUGUGAUUUUGCUGUCUGGACUGUGAAACCAAGACAUCAUAUGUGGAGGGCUUGCCUUACAUUUAGAGGCUCACUCUCAUCUAAUGGCAAGUUUUUGUGCAGUUCAAUGUAGCCCGGAUUACACAAUAUUUCUGAUUGUAAAUGUAUGUAGUCAUUAGUGGGUUCUGGCUCCGAUGGUAGUUCUUCCAGUGUAAAUGUUAAAGAUGUUCACAGCAGUGCAGGAAAUUGAGAAGAAUUAAAUGAUAAAUGUUGCAUUUUGUU